UUAACCCUGCUCCAUCCAGAUGCCCCACUUCUUCACUUUCCCGGCCACCCUGAGCUUUGAACGAUACCUGACACCGAGUUGAAUGCUCUUCACUGAUGUCAUCUGAUGACAGUCUCACUCUGUCGCCCAAGCCAGAGUGCAGUGGUGCAAUCUGAGCUCACUGCAACCUCAGCCUCCCAAGUAGCUGGGACUACAGGCGUGUGCCACCAUGCCUGGCUAAUUUUUUGUAUUUUUAGUAGAGACAGGGUUUCACUGUGUUAGCCAGGAUGGUCUCAAUCUCCUGACCUCAUGAUCUGCCUGCCUUGGCCUUUUUUUUUUUUUUGAGGCUGAGUCUUGCACUAUUGCCCAGGCUGGAGUGCAAUAGUAUGAUUUUGGCUCACUGCAACCCCUGCCUCCUGGGUUCAAGCAAUUCUCAUGCCUCAGCCUCUGAGUAGAUAGGAUUACAGGUGCUUGCCACAAUGCCCGGCUAAUAUUUGUAUUUUCAGUAGAGAUGGGGUUUCACCAUGUUGGCAGGCUGGUCCCAAACUCCUGACCUCAAGUGAUCCACCUGCCUUGGCCUCCCAAGGUGCUAGGAUUACAGGUGUGAGCCACUGCACCCAGCCAACCCAAGACUUUUAACUUCUGCUGUCUAACAGUCAAGGGAGCUCAAAGGAAAAUGGGAUUUCACACACACACAUACUAGAGUGUCUACUGACUGGUUCCUCUGGAGCCAAUAUGGAAAUUUCUAGAGUAACAGAGCAGGACAAUAACUAUGGCUUCCAGUGUUUUGAUGAAACCUCAGAUGCAUGACCUCUGGUUUCAUAUUGCUGUAUCCCUGUAUAGAGGGUUGGAGCCCUCUAUACAUUUGCUGUGACUGAACCAAGAAAGAAGGGAUAUGCAGAUUUCUAGAGAAAUUGUGAUUCCAUGAAAGAUAUUUUUGUUUUUUUAAUAUGAGUUCUCUGUCACCCAUGCUGGAGUGCAGUGGCAUAAUCGCUGCAGCCUCUUAACUCCCAUGUUCAAGAGAUCCUCCCACCUCAGCCUUCCUAGUAGGUGGGGCUACAGGGCCAGCCACCUAGCCUGGCUGAUUCUAUGAAAGAUUUUGAGGAGAUGAUGAGGAAGGCUGGUAUCUUUCAGAGUACAAAGUGAUUUUGGAAUGUAAACAAUUUAUUUGGGUUGAAUUUCAUAGAAGUUUAUCACUAACCUGUGUUCCUCAACUAUGAAACAUGAAUGUGGGCAAAGAAAUAGUUUCUCUUGAUAAAUGGACAACAACAAAAACAAAGUCUGUGAGUCAGAGAACGUCCAUGCCUUUUUAGACCAGGCACAGUGGUUCAGGCCUGUAAUCCCAGCACUUUGGGAAGCCGAGGUGGGCAGGUCACUUGAGGCCAGGAGUUCAAGAUUAGCCUGGCCAACUUGGCAAAACCCUGUCACUACAGAAAAUACAAAAAUGAAGCAGGCAUGGUGGUGCGCACCUGUAGCCACAGCUACUUUGGAGGCUGAAGUGGGAGGAUUGCUUGAGCCGGGGAGGCUAACUAAGGUUGCAGUGAGCUGUUAUCACACCACUGCACUCCAGCGGGGGCUACAAAGCAAGACCCUGUCUCACAAAAAAAAAAAAGAAAAGAAAACAUCCAUGUCUUUUUAAAAGGAUGGAAAAAGUUUAAGUGUUGUCUAGAUUUAGCCACACAUUAUAAUCUUAGGGUGACAAGUUGAGCUGAGUUGGGUGGAGGUCAGGAAGAGCAAGUGACAGAAAGGGGCACUGUGAUUGGGCGGUUUUGUUAUUCCUUAGUUAAUGAUGCCGUCUCAGUCCACCAGAGGGAAAGCCUUUAAAGGGACAUGGCCAGCCGGGCACGGUGGCUCACGCCUGUAAUACCAGCACUUUGAGAGGCUGAGGCAGGUGGAUCAUGAAGUCAAGAGUUCAAGACUGGCCUGGCCAAGAUGGUGAAACCCUGUCUCUACUAAAAAUACAAAAAUUAGCUGGGUGUGGUGGCGGGUGCCUGUAAUCCCAGCUACUCGGGAGGCUGAGGCAGAGAAUUGCUUGAAUGUGGGAUGUGGAGGUUGCAUCCUGGCCAGCCAAGAUCCAACACUGCAUUCCAACCUGGUGACCAAGCAAGACUGUCUCAAAAAAAAAAAAAAAAAAAAAAAAGGCUGGGCGCGGUGGCUCACGCCUGUAAUCCCAGCACUUUGGGAGGCCAAGGUGGGUGUACCACGAGGUCAAGAGAUUGAGACCAUCCUGGUCAACAUGGUGAAACCCCGUUUCUACUAAAAAUACAAAAAAUUAGCUGGGCACGGUGGUGCGUGCCUGUAAUCCCAGCUACUCAGUUGGCUGAGGCAGGAGAAUUGCCUGAACCCAGAAGGCGGAGGUUGCGGUGAGCCGAGAUUGCGCCAUUGCACUCUAGCCUGGGUAACAAGAGCGAAACUCCAUCUCAAAAAAAAAGGCACGUUGCUUUUCCACGGGUGUCACUCUUGAAUGCAUAGACUGUGCUAGCUAAACUUUGAGUUACUGAAGAAUUGAGCCUGGCGUGGUGGCGCACUCCUGUAGUCACAGCUACUGGGGAGGUUGAGGCAGGAGGAUUGCUGAGCUCAGGAGGUCCAGGCUGCAGUGAGCUAUGAUGGCGUAUUCCACUGCAGUCCAGCCUGGGCGACGCAGCAAGACCCCCGUCUCAGAAAAAAAAAAAAAGAAUUGAGGAACGGCAAAUAGCUAUUUGUCCUGAAUAUAUGCUUGACCAAAUUCUUUGGCCCGGGGCUUAGGAAAAGAUGGGAGUGCAGUGAGAACCAGCUCAGCAGGAAGCCUGCAAGCCCCUUGAUGCACUGGAGGAAUCUGGCCUCGAGGCCGGCCAGCCCCAAAGGGUAAACGCUAUUGGCCCCCUCCAAGUAGGUGCGUCUGCAGGAAGGCCCCGCCCCCAGAACGCUCUCCAGUGAGUGCGGCCCUAGUGUCUAUGCCGCCCGCGGCGGUUGCGAAACCGCGGCGGGGUUAAGUAGCUGUUGCCCCUGCCGCCAAGGCAGCCUGGAUCUUGGAGCUAGGAGUGAACCCCUGCGGGGGAGCGGGUUCCCCCUCGCGAUCGUGGGGACAGCCAGUCCUGUGAAACGAGGAGGCGGUUCCGGACGCCCAGAAACGCCCAGGGAGAACUGGAGCCAGGAGAAGAGGGACAUGAGCCCUCAGCUGAGUCCAGCUCCAGGCCGCUAGGGGAGGACCCAGCAGCCCCUCCGCUCUCCCCCGAACCACGAGUGGGCAGUCUCCGCCGUCACAGCCCAAGGGGUCUAAGCCAUCGGUGCCUGGCCGAAUCUGAGAGGAUGGAGCCCAGUACCUGUAGGACCACCGAAUCAGAGGAACACUAUGUUGAGGAAAAGGAAUGUGAGAAGUGUGUGAAAGAGGAAGCUACCAUCCCCUCUACCUCUUCACAGCAGCCUCUCUUAAAAGCUGACUAUAAGACCUUCAAAAAUGGGGUUCCCUUACCCAUUAUAGCCACAAAAAUUCCGAAGAAAGUCAUAGCCCCAAUUGACACAGGCAACUUAGAAGCUGGGAGGAGGACAAGAAGGCGGAAACGCAGAUCCCUGACCAUCAACCUGACCAACUGCAAGUAUGAGAGCGUGCGUCGGGCAGCCCACAUGUGUGGCCUGAAGGAGGUGGGGGAGGAGGAAGAAUGGACUGUGUACUGGACAGACUGCGCUGUCUCGCUGGACCAAGUCAUGAAAAUGAAGAGGUUUCAGAAAAUCAACCACUUCCCUGGCAUGACAGAAAUCUGUCGUAAAGAUCUGCUGGCUCGGAACCUCAACCGCAUGCACAAACUCUACCCCUCUGAGUACAACAUCUUCCCCCGCACCUGGUGCCUCCCCGCAGACUAUGGGGACUUCCAGACCUACAGUCGUCAGCGAAAAGCCCGCACGUAUAUCUGCAAGCCAGGCAGUGGCUGUCAGGGACGUGGCAUCUUCAUCACCCAAAAUCCCCGGGAGAUCAAGCCAGGAGAGCAUAUGAUCUGCCAGCAAUACAUCUCCAAGCCCUUCCUCAUUGAUGGCUUUAAGUUCGAUAUGCGAACCUACGUCCUGAUCACAUCCUGUGACCCUCUCCGGAUCUUCGUGUAUGAGGAAGGCCUGGCCCGUUUUGCCACCACACCCUAUGUGAAGCCCAGCCAUAACAACCUGGACAAUGUCUGCAUGCACCUGACCAACUAUGCUAUCAACAAACACAAUGAGAAUUUUGUCCGGGAUGGCACUGUGAGCAGUAAGAGGAAGCUGUCAACACUCAACAUCUGGCUGCAAGAGCACAGCUACAACCCUGGAGAGCUGUGGGGGGACAUUGAGGACAUCAUCAUCAAAACCAUCAUCUCGGCCCAUCCUGUUCUUCGCCACAAUUACCGAACCUGUUUUCCCCAGUAUCUGAGUGGAGGUACAUGUGCCUGUUUUGAGAUCCUUGGUUUUGACAUCUUGCUGGACCACAAGUUGAAGCCUUGGCUGCUAGAGGUAAACCACUCUCCAAGCUUUACCACGGACUCACGCCUUGAUCAAGAGGUAAAGGACGCACUUCUCAGCGAUGCUAUGACCCUUGUCAACCUCCGGGCCUGUGACAAAAGGAAGGUGAUGGAGGAAGAGAAGCAGCGAGUCAAGGAGCGGCUUUUCCAGUGCCACCAACAGCCACGAGAAUCUAGGAAAGAAAAAACUGAGCCAUCCCAAGGGGCAAUGCUGGACCAGGAACAAUAUGAGGAUUCCCACCUGGGAAAAUACCGGCGCAUCUACCCUGGGCCUAACACGGAGAAGUAUGCCUGCUUCUUCAAGCACAAUGGCUCCCUCUUCCAGGAGACUGCUGCUUCCAAGGCCAGAGAGGAGUGUGCCAGGCAGCAACUGGAGGAGAUCCGCCUGAAGCAGGAACAGCAGGAGAACUCAGGCACUAAGAGGCAAAAAGCCAAGGACCAGAACCAGAGUGAAUCCGCUGGGGAGAAGAGCCGGCCCAGGCCAGGGCUCCAGAGCCUUUCCACAUGCUUGGUUUACAGGAACCAUAAUUGGGAGAAACAGCUGCUGCCGGGACAGCUGGACACCAUGAGGCCUCAAGAGAUUGUGGAAGAGGAAGAGCUGGAGCGGUUGAAGGCCCUGCUACAAAGGGAGGUGCUCAUCCGAAGCCUGGGUAUUGUAGAGCAGCUCACCCGCCUGCAGUACCCUGACCCCCAGGGCCAGAAAAAACUUCAUGAGUGUCGGGUGAGGGUCCCCGUGAAGCCUCCCAGAGGAAAAGGGAACAAGGGCUGUUGUCCCAGCACAUGGUUGUGGCCUCACCAAAGGAGGCUUCUGUGAUGGUGUCUGUCAGUGGAACCUGGGAAAACAGAGUGCGCUGGCCGGCCCUUGGAAGAGGAUCUGUUGAUUCCUUUUGCGUCUAUUCCCAAGCUCCUUUGUUUAAGGUGUGACAUCCAGAAAAAUGCAGCUCCAAACCUUCUCAUUGACAAGAAACUUACUUUCUAUAUUCCUGUCCCAAAAUAAUCCCACACUCAUGACUGACAAAUAUCAAGGCCACCACCCUCAGUGGCUUCUGUACUAUUUUCUCCCUAGCACUGCCAGUGCCCUGGCUCUCAUGGGAGAUAAGUAAACAGUCUUGGGCCAACAAAACAGCUGCCGCUUUCACUAUUCCCUGGGCUAGUGGCAAACCUGUUGGGUCUUCUGUUUUUGUCGAACCCCAAAGGAGUACCUGGUUAAACAGUGGCCAUGGCCUAGAAUAGAUUUUUUUCAGUUACCUCCUUCUUCCAAUGUUCCAUCCAAACUCACAUAAACAUGUGGUAAGGGACUGCUCUUCUCCUCUAGCCUAGAUUUCAUUAGGACAGGCUGGGCAGUCAAUAACUGAAGUCUGUGAGUCUGGUCCUAUUGGUGCUCCUAAGAGGGGCUGUCACAGAGUGAGGCCCUUUUCAUUUCCUGCAUCCAGUUCUGCCCCAUGAAUCAAUCCCUUAGGGCCACUGCUAAGCAUGAAUGCUGCAAACCCACAUGUUCCCUGGUGCCAUCUGCAGCCCAAGAACUUCAACUGGACAGGAGAGCCAGCAGCCAUCAACCCCUGUUCAUUGUCAAUGAAGAAGGCUGGGAGGCACUAUUUUUUCCAGUGCCAGAAUCAAGCUCACUAGCCUAAAAGGCCAAGCCAGCAGAAGGUUAGAAGCCAUAAACCGAGUCCUGGCAGGAUCAGUGCCACCCACUUUAACCCCAAAGCAGGGCUAUCUUCUGCAACCGGAAAGGGUGGCAUCUGACUCCUGGGCUGAAUGCACCUUGCCCUCCGUGGUAAACUCUGAACACAUAGAAGCCAAGGUUCCCCUCUGCCCUGCGUCUGCACCGGUGCUGCAGCGUUCCAGAACACUCUUCAACAUCAGUCAGUUCAGGUGCGGCCCGGGGCUGAAGGCCAUCCUGGAGACAAAGAGCCCCUUUCUCUGAGGAGCCGAGUACCCAAGUCACCGGCUGUCGCCGUCAGAAGACCGCUGACCGGAAGCCCUGCCCGCGGCGGUGGCGGAGACAGGCAGGCCUGGGCAGCCGCUAGUGCGGAGAGACGGCGCUUGGAAACUGAAUCCGUUUUUUAAUUAAAGUUUGUGCCGUUUUC